GGUUCAGCAAAGAAAGCUCAAGGACAGAAGCGGAAAAGAAAAGAAAGUGAAUCUUCUCAGCCCACUUCAAAGCGAGCUAGGACAAAUUCAGUUGCAUCCAGAGGCCGAAAGAGGGCGGUAUCCUCUGUCUCUAGCAGAACACCCAGCAGAACUUCUAGUGUGGCCUCCUCUGCUCAUGCUGAGGAUGAGGAUUUUGAUGCCGGCGCUGCUGCCAGUGAUGAUUCUGGUGAUGAGGAUUUUGCACUGGAAGGUAAAGCCAAACCUGCAAGAGGGAAGAAAAAACCAGCACGCAGCAGAAAGAAGAAAAAUGAUGAAGUGAAUGACGAGAAAGAGGAUGGAGAGGAGGAAGAGAAGGAAACUGGUAGUGCAAAGAAGCCUAGGAGAAUCAACAAAGUGGCCAUAAGGAGAAGAAGUCAGAAGUCAACAGGUAAUAAAAAAGCCGCUAAAAGGACAAAGUCAGACGGCAAUAUGUCAGAUGGAAGUUUGGCGUCAUCUCUGUCUGCUAGCAG